CAAUUUCGUAAUCGAAUUAAUUGUUAUUAAUAUUAUGCAUAUAUAUAUAUAUUUCUCUCUAAUUGUGGGAUACUGAUUCAGUGUAAUUCCUUUCAUUCCCCUAACGCUUUUGCAUAGCACAGUUCAAUGACGGCAGAAAAUGAAGAACGAGUCUUGAGGAAAAGGAAGCGCAAAGUAGAUGGAGGAACUCAUCGGAAACUGGGUGUUGAUCAAAAAGUUGAGGUGAGGAGUGUUGAUGAUGGGUUUUUGGGUUCGUGGCACGCGGGUGCUGUGAUUGGUUGUGAUGAUUUGGUUCGUCAAGUUAAAUAUGAUCACCUUCUGUCAGAUGAUGGUUCUGGCAACUUGGUUGAAUUUGUGACGGUUUCUCCUAUGGUUGAUGGGGUAACUCCCGCUGAUCAAAAGCCAGUCCAUUAUCGUGGUCUAAUUAGGCCUUUGCCACCUCCAUGUGAAUUUAGCAGAUGGCAUUUACAUUAUGGACAGUGUGUAGAUUUGUUUUAUCAAGAUGCCUGGUGGGAAGGUGUGAUAUUUGACCAUGAAGACUGUGCUGUGGAACGGAAAAUUUUCUUUCCAGAUAUGGGUGAUGAAAUGAAGGCUCAAGUGGACAAGCUGCGUAUAACUCAAGACUGGGAUGAGGUUACAGAAGAAUGGGAGCCUCGUGGUUCCUGGAUGUUUCUUGAUGUGAUUGAGGAGAUCGAGCAUCUACACCCCCUUUUAGUCUCAGUCAAACAAAUUUGGUAUGAAGUGCAGCUGAAAAAGGAUUAUGAGAAUCUUGAGUGGACUUCAUCUUUGAGAGAUAUUUGGAGGAAUUUGGUGAAGGAAGUUGUGCAUGAUAAUACCAAGUUAGCUAUCAAGCAAUUUUUUUCUGAACUGAACUCCUCACAGGACUUUGUAGAGAGAGGCCGAUUGCUGGAAGUUUCAGAAGUUACCCUUGAGGCUAAACUGAACCUUGAAACAUAUUUUGAUAACUCGAAUGCACCUGUUACUGAAGCCACUUGCAAAUUAGAUACUACAGGCAUGCAGCCUAUGGAUCCGAAUGUGUCCCAUCUUCAACCUGUUGUUAAGCAGUUUGUUUCAGAGGGUUUUGCGCCUAGCAAAAAGGAUGUUCAAUUGUGUGUUAAUGAUGUUUGUAGGUCAGUUCCUCUUAGCCAAAAAGAACUACUGUCUGUAUCACCUCAUGCUUUCUCUGUUUUACCUCCGCCUAAUGAUGACUUUGCUGGUAUUUUGUCCAGUACCAAAAGUGAACCACUGACUUGCACGAAUUUUAAGCGUCGCAGGGGUAGACCUACUACAAAAAAGAAGAGAUUCGAGGGGCAGACCCCGGCAGAUGAACCUGACUUUUGCCCUGAUGCAAUUGCAAAGUAUAUGCCAUCUAUGUCCUCAAUAAAAAAAUUUAAGAAGCAUCUCUUGUUUUUGGGCUGGAAAUUUGAACUCGUAAUGGAUUGCGGAAUCAUUAGGAAACGUUACAUUGCUCCUAAUGGAAAGAUAUGCCAGUCACUUAGUCAAGUUUGCCAGGUGUUGGAAGAGUCAAAAGCUUGUGAGCUGGUUCCCCCAGUUGAACAAAGAAAUUUAUAUGGAUCACCUGAUAAGUCUCCUUGCGCGGCAAGACCACCAACACGCAGUGAGGUGCCUGAAUUGCCAUCUCCUUCUGAAGAAACAACUAUUGUUCCUGAAAUCUGCCCUCAAGCUGUAAUUGACUAUUGUUCUCCGAAAUCUCUAGACAGUGCCUAUCGGAAGUCCUAUAAACAUGGGGUGAGGAUAGGGGAUACAUCUCUGAAAGCUAAGAAACACCUAGUUGCAAUUGGAUGGAAAAUCUUUUUUGCUGGGAAGAAAGACAGAAAAUUGCGAUACUGUUCUCCUGAAGGAAAAAUAUUUGCCUCUCUUCGAAAAGCUUGCAGAUGGUGCGCACAGAAGUGGAAAGCUGAAAGCCACUUACCGGAAAAAGUGUCUUCUCCAUCAACUGCUAUGGAGUUCAAGAGUAACUCUUCACCUGCGAAAAGCUCAUGUGAGAAGUUUCCAGUGGGGACAUCUCCUAUCUCAUUGUUAAGAGAACCCCUUCAAAAUGGUAAAGUCAAAUUUUGUCGCAUGACCAAACCAAGAAAGAAGAGAAAGCAUGAUGAUGAAAAAGAUAUCCACAUAAGUGGCUUGCCUGUAUCAAAAGGAAAAAAAUCUUGGCCCUCACUCAAAAAAGGAAAUGGUAUAGGACUUCAUCCUUCAGCCUGUGUGAUGCGAUCAAGUAAAAGAACUCGGCAGGCGGCUCCUUCUUCUUCCUCUCAUAAAACAUCUCGAACAGUUUUAUCCUGGUUGAUAGACAAUAAUGUGGUUCUGCCACGUACUAAGGUACUAUAUUGUGCAAAGAAGUAUGGUAAUCCAAUGGCAGAUGGGCAGAUAACUCGUGAAGGAAUCAAAUGCACUUGCUGCCAAAAAAUUUAUGGUCUUCAUAACUUUGAAACUCAUGCUGGAAGCAGUUGUCACAGACCUUCAGCAAAUAUAUUUUUAGAGGAUGGAAGGUCUCUUCUUGAGUGCCAACUGCAGAUGAAACGUAAACAGAGUGUAAAAAACACCAGGAAAGAACCACGUGCUGUGAAGAAGGGUAGUCGUUUUAGCACGAAUGACUAUAUAUGUUCCGUGUGUCAUUAUGGCGGUGAACUAAUUCUAUGUGAUGAGUGCCCUUCUUCAUUUCAUCCUGAUUGUCUUGGAAUGAAGGAGGUUCCAGAUGGUGACUGGUUUUGCCCAUCAUGCUGUUGUAAAGUGUGUGGUCAUAGUGGAUUUGAUACAAACAGAAACCACUUUACAGAUAACAAUGUUCUAAUUUGUUGUCAGUGCGAGCAUAAGUAUCAUGCUCGGUGCGUUAGAAGCAAGGGUCCUGGAAAGCUGGAUAAUUAUCCUGAAGGAAAUUGGUUUUGCAACAAGAGCUGUGAGCUGAUAUUUUUGGGUAUGCAUCAUCUUUUGGGAAAGCCAGUUAUAGUGGGGGAUGAUAACCUAACUUGGACACUGUUGAAAUAUAUAGAACCUGAUGAUUCUGGUUCUGAUAUUGUGGAUUAUGAGUCCAGUGUGGAGAAUUAUAGCAGACUUAGUGUUGCUUUGGAUGUGAUGCAUGAAUGUUUUGAACCUGUCAAAGAACCUCACACUAGGAGAGAUAUUGUAGAAGAUGUUAUCUUCAGUAGAUGGUCAGAGCUAAACCGCUUAAAUUUUCAAGGUUUUUACACUGUGCUGUUAGAAAGAAAUGACGAACUGAUUACAGUAGCGACUGUAAGGGUUUAUGGAGAAAAGGUGGCAGAGAUCCCUCUUGUUGCAACACAAUUUCAGCAUCGCCGACUUGGAAUGUGUCGCAUUUUAAUGAAUGAGCUCGAAAAGAAACUCAUGGAAUUAGGAGUUGAGAGGCUAGUUUUGCCAGCAGUUCCUGCUGUCCUAGACACAUGGACCGCUUCAUUUGGUUUCUCAGUGAUGAAAGAAUCGGAGAGAGUAAACUUCUUGGAUUACACUUUCCUUGAUUUCCAGGGUACCAUAAUGUGUCAGAAGAUCCUUCAAAAGAACCAUUCUGUGGUGUCGAGUGUAUUAACAGAAGCCCAGCAGACUCAUUCUGACAAUACAAACAGCAAAGACAAUGUUGACUUGGAUGACAAUACUGCUGUUUCUGAGGUAUUCCAAGCAAAGCAAGUUGAGGGUUGUGCAACUGUGGACCAAGGAUCUAUGGAAACAUCAAAAUCAACGGGAGUGAUAGUUGUGGCUGUCUGUUGAACCUGAAAUCUUGGUAUUUCAUAGCUUUGACGACUUGUUCACCUUUGGAACAAGGCCGAAGCAUGUUGCUAAUGAUAUUCAAAGACCGCAACGAUCCUGCCCAAAGGUUAGCUUCUCUUAAAUAUAACUAGAUGUGAUAUGACUGUUUUCCAAGCAGUAUUGGCAUAACUGGAAAUCUAAACACAGGGUUGAUCCUUUUGGAUAAUGCAUUCUACUUUUUGAGCAUGUCAGACAUCAAAUUCUAACUGGUGGGGAAACUCUUAAAAUGGAGAAUUCACUUAGCUUCUAGGUUUCUCCAUUAGAUUCCACUCUAAUUCCGAUAUGUUCAAGAUAUCUGCAACAGCGUUCAACUUAGGAAACUGUGGAGAUUUUGUGGAGUCUAAGUAAUUGAUUGUGAACGUGGAUACAUCUUCAAUGCUCCUGUUGCAAAUGUUGUGGUCGUCUUCACGAUACUUGUUACUCAAAUUCAUAAGUAUCCAAAGAUACCGAUAAUGUUUUUUGCUUGGAAUAUGCUCAAGAUAUUUGAAAUAAGAACUUCAUAGAUUGGUUAUCAAGUUCAACGAAAAGUAUCCCAACAAGCUUAGUCGCUGCAGCAUAUAGCUAUAAACUCUACAGUUUGUAUAUCUCCCAAUAUUAAUAAUUCAACUUUUCAGAUUUUUAACUUUGAUGCCUCUGAUCACAUUGCUAGUAAUAGUUUCUUGCUCA